AUGACCGCGUCUCCUCGAGACGACGGUGCGGAGUCGGCGUUGUUGCGUCUUCCCGACGAUGUGUGGCGGGUGGUAUUUAAUCUCCUCGACGCUGGCGACGUCGUCAACCUAGCCAGCACCAGCAAGUGGAUACGGAGCUGGCUCACCCCCUCGGUGUUUUGCCGCGCCAAGUGUACCUGGGAGAUGGCUAAACACCGCCCGCCUCACCCGGAGAUCAUCAGCCAGCUCCGCAUUACCAACCAUCUGCUGUACUCGGAGUGGAGCGUCGACGUAUUUCCUCGCCUCCGCACCUACCCCAAACUACAACACUUGCUUAUCAAUACCAUCGACCUGGCGUCGUGGCUACGUUACCGUCGGUUCCCCCACUUGGCUCGACUCACUCUCUACCAUCUGCUGCCGGCCAAGAAGCCGCGGUUCUUUGAUCUAAACUCGCUUAAUGACUUCGUCUGCUUGACGUUCCUUGAAAUCCACGAUUAUCAUUUUUUGUGGAGCAGGGAAGCGGUACCCGUGGUAAAUCUAGUCGAGGUGGUGUUGGUGGGGUGUUCGUGGGAAUUCCCAUUUCGACUAUCUCAAUUUAACCCUGGUCAAUUCCUCGAACGGCUCAGUCUUAGUUACCAGGCUAACGACACCUUCGUCAAUUCGCAGCUAUUGAUGGAGUUCCUCACUAAACCCGAUGCCGAAAUGGAUAGUCUCCGCCGACUAGAAGUGGCUUGUCCUCGGUCGCUAUCGCCGUCGACGUUCAAUCGCCUCACGCAUAACUUUACUCAUCUACACCAACUAAAGCUUACGAAAUGGUCGGUCACCACCCCGAAAUUUGUCGCCCUCUACCUUAAUCGAGCUAGUCUUGGCAAACUCACUCAUUUGACGGUGGAGAUCCCCGAUGCUGAAGUCGCCGCUGAUAUCGAGGACCAAGUGCAUCGGGAAUUUGGUGGCCUUUACUUCUUCACGUCGGCAUAG